GUCACGUGGCAUGGGAAGGGGUGGGCGGGGCACUCGCGACGUUGGCGGCGGUGGCUCACGGUGGUGGCGGCAGUGUCUGGAUUGGGGUCUUACUGUACCACCGCGGUCCUGUCCCGGUGCCGUCCCCCGCGGAUUCGUGCCUUCUUGCCCACUGCACCUCCCUAGCAACGGGUCGGACUCGUAGGCGCCCGCGCGUUGGUGUGCAGGUGUGCGCAGGCGCGGCAGGGGCGACUAGCCCAGUUGGGUGGGCGGCGGAGCCUGGGAGCGCGCGGGCGAGACCAUGGCGGGCAGCAACGCGGGGGGCGGGGGCGCCGGGGAGACGAAGGUGAUCUACCACCUGGAUGAAGAAGAGACUCCCUACCUGGUCAAGAUCCCUGUGCCCGCUGAGCGCAUCACCCUGGGCGAUUUCAAGAGCGUUCUGCAACGGCCCGCGGGCGCUAAGUACUUCUUCAAGUCUAUGGAUCAGGAUUUUGGGGUGGUGAAAGAAGAAAUUUCAGAUGACAAUGCUCGCCUUCCCUGCUUCAACGGAAGGGUGGUAUCCUGGCUGGUGUCAUCAGAUAACUCCCAACCUGAGAUGGCUUCUGCAGCUCAUGAACCCCGGACAGAACUGGUACCACCACCCCCACCAUUACCUCCUCUGCCGCCAGAGAGAACUAGUGGUAUUGGGGACUCCAGGCCACCGUCUUUCCACCCUAAUGUGUCCAGCAGUCGUGAAAAUCUGGAACCUGAAACAGAAACAGAGUCAGUAGUGUCUCUGAGGCGGGAGCGGCCUCGCAGGAGAGACAGCAGUGAGCAUGGCGCUGGGGCCCACCGGCCCAGUGGCCCUUCAAGGCUGGAGCGUCACCUGGCUGGGUACGAGAGCUCCUCUACCCUCAUGACCAGUGAGCUGGAGAGCACCAGUCUGGGAGACUCGGACGAGGAUGACACCAUGAGCAGGUUCAGCAGCUCCACAGAACAGAGCAGUGCCUCCCGCCUCCUCAAGCGCCACCGGCGACGGAGGAAACAACGGCCACCCCGCCUGGAGAGGACCUCCUCCUUCAGCAGUGUCACCGACUCCACAAUGUCUCUCAACAUCAUCACAGUCACCCUCAACAUGGAGAAGUACAACUUCCUGGGCAUCUCCAUUGUGGGCCAAAGCAACGAGCGGGGAGAUGGUGGCAUCUACAUUGGUUCCAUCAUGAAAGGUGGGGCUGUGGCAGCUGAUGGGCGCAUUGAGCCAGGAGACAUGCUUCUGCAGGUGAAUGACAUGAACUUUGAGAACAUGAGCAAUGAUGACGCAGUGCGCGUGCUGAGGGACAUUGUCCACAAGCCAGGCCCCAUCGUGCUGACGGUGGCCAAGUGUUGGGAUCCCUCUCCCCAGGCCUAUUUCACUCUUCCUCGAAAUGAGCCCAUCCAGCCAAUUGACCCCGCUGCCUGGGUCUCACACUCAGCUGCACUGACUGGCACAUUCCCAGCCUAUCCAGGUUCCUCGUCCAUGAGCACCAUUACAUCGGGGUCCUCUCUGCCUGAUGGCUGUGAGGGUCGAAGUCUCUCCAUUCAUACAGACAUGGCUUCUGUGACCAAGGCCAUGGCAGCUCCAGAGUCUGGACUGGAAGUUCGGGACCGCAUGUGGCUCAAGAUCACUAUUCCCAAUGCCUUUUUGGGCUCGGAUGUGGUUGAUUGGCUGUACCACCAUGUGGAGGGCUUUCCAGAGCGGCGGGAAGCCCGCAAGUACGCCAGCGGGUUGCUCAAGGCGGGCCUUAUCCGGCACACUGUAAACAAGAUCACCUUCUCUGAGCAGUGCUACUAUGUCUUCGGAGACCUGAGUGGUGGCUGUGAGAGUUACCUGGUCAAUCUGUCUCUGAAUGAUAACGACGGCUCCAGUGGGGCUUCCGACCAGGAUACCUUAGCUCCUCUGCCUGGGGCCACCCCUUGGCCCCUGCUGCCCACCUUUCCCUACCAGUACCCAACCCCACACCCAUACAGCCCCCAGCCCCCACCCUACCAUGAGCUCUCGUCUUAUACCUAUGGUGGAGGCAGCGCCAGCAGCCAGCACAGUGAGGGGAGCCGGAGCAGUGGGUCAACACGAAGUGAUGGGGGUGCGGGACGCACAGGGAGGCCUGAGGAGCGGGCCCCCGAGUCCAAGUCUGGCAGUGGCAGUGAGUCCGAGCCCUCCAGCCGGGGAGGCAGUAUUCGUCGGGGUGGGGAACCUGGCAGUACCAGUGAUGGGGGCCCACCACCGUCCAGGGGCUCGUCAGGGGGUCCUCUCAAUCUCCGAGCCCACCCAGGGCUCCAUCCCUAUGGCCCGCCCCCUGGCAUGGCCCUCCCUUAUAAUCCCAUGAUGGUGGUAAUGAUGCCCCCACCCCCACCUCCUGUGCCUCCUGUGCAGCCCCCAGGGGCCCCUCCAGUCAGAGACUUGGGCUCUGUGCCCCCAGAGCUGACAGCUAGCCGCCAAAGCUUCCACAUGGCCAUGGGCAACCCCAGUGAGUUCUUUGUGGAUGUCAUGUAGAGCCCAUACUGGGGCCAUGCCAGACCUGUGCCUUUGGCCUGCCCAGCAGUGCUUGGUGCUCCCGUCCUGACUGGAUGUCACCAGUCACACGUGCUCAUUACUCCUCUGGUGCCUGGGCUCAGUCCUGAGGGCUGUUGCCUGUUGUGAGGCUGUGCCACUGUGACUUACCAGCAGUGCCUGGUUCCUCCCUCUUCCUGCAGGGUGUACAAGGGACCUUUGGUUAUUUUUAGCUUUAUUUUUUGUAAGCCUUUUGGGGGGGUUGAAAUAGGUUUUCCUACAUUUUUUUAACUUUUUUUUUUAGUAGACAAUUCUUUAUAUGAAGAAUCCCCAUCUCCUCGACCCCUUCUUCUAACCUCAAAAUGUGACCUCCUAGUCUGUUUGCCCAACCAGCUCUGUCCUGAGUGGGGUGAAGGGUUGACAAUGGUACCCUGGGAGGAAGAAGGGGAUCAGAUACCCUAGACACAGAUGAAAGGAAAUUGGGUACUUGGUAUUUGGGGGCCAUGUAGCUGCUUUUGUUACUUUAUUUAUUUUAGUCACUUGUAUAAAACACCAAAUAAAGCAAUAAGGGCAAAA